GCAUCAUAUAUUUGCGCUCUAGAGAGUUGGGUCAGAGAACGGCGUCUGGGGGCGGAGAAGAAUUAGCAUAACAAAAGGAGGGCACGCUUCUGUCGCUGCGAGUCUUUUGGUUUCGUAUCGCUGCUUCUUUCCUCUUUCUUCCUCCUUCCUCUUCGAGCGUAGUUGCAGCAGAGGCGCAGAUCAAGAAAGAUGCAUUCGACCCACCUUCUCCUGGAAGAACCCAUCAGGAUGGUCUCCAUCCUCGAGCCGUCCAAGCCUAGUUUCUUCCCUGCGAUGACCAAGAUCGUGGGCACGCUCGGUCCCAAGUCCCGGUCGGUGGAGGUGAUCUCCGCCUGCCUCAAGGCCGGCAUGUCGGUGGCAAGAUUUGACUUCUCGUGGGGGGACGUCGACUAUCAUCAAGAGACCCUGGAAAACCUCAAGACCGCUAUCAAGAGCACCCAAAAGUUGUGCGCCAUCAUGUUGGAUACAGUGGGUCCAGAGUUGCAGGUCAUAAACAAAAGUGAGAAGGCCAUCUCACUUGAAGCAGAUGCUUAUGUUAUUUUGACCCCAGAUCAGGAGCAGGAAGCAUCAUCUCAGCUGUUGCCUAUAAACUUUAGCGGAUUAUCAAAGGCAGUGAAGCAAGGAGACACAAUAUUUGUUGGCCAAUACUUGUUCACUGGUAGUGAAACUACUUCUGUUUGGUUGGAGGUUUCUGAGGUGAAAGGGGCUGAUGUAGUCUGCAUAAUAAAAAACACUGCUACACUGGCAGGGUCACUCUUCACUCUCCAUGUCUCCCAAAUCCAUAUUGAUUUGCCAACACUUUCUGAAGCUGAUAAAACUGCAAUAAGUACAUGGGGUGUCCGCAACAAAAUUGACUUCCUUUCUUUAUCUUAUACAAGGCAUGCAGAAGAUGUUCGACAAGCCCGAGAAUUCUUGUCGAAGUCAGGUGAUCUUUACCAAACUCAAAUAUUUGCCAAAAUUGAGAGCGUAGAGGGUCUAACACAUUUUGAUGAGAUUUUACAAGUAGCAGAUGGCAUCAUUCUCUCGCGUGGGAAUCUUGGAAUAGAUCUCCCACCUGAGAAGGUGUUUUUAUUCCAAAAGGCUGCUGUCUAUAAGUGCAACAUGGCUGGAAAGCCAGCAGUCAUCACGCGUGUGGUUGACAGCAUGACUGACAACUUGAGACCAACGCGUGCAGAAGCAACUGAUGUGGCGAAUGCAAUACUUGAUGGAAGUGAUGCAAUACUUUUGGGUGCUGAAACACUUCGUGGAUUGUACCCUGUUGAAACUAUUUCAACCGUAGGUAGAAUUUGUUAUGAGGCAGAGAAAGUUUUCAACCAGGAUUUGUACUUUAAGAAGACCGUGAAAUAUGUUGGAGAACCGAUGACCCAUUUGGAGUCCAUUGCUUCAUCAGCUGUACGUGCUGCUAUUAAAGUCAAGGCUUCUGUGAUAAUUUGUUUCACUUCAUCUGGUAGAGCUGCAAGGUUAAUUGCCAAGUAUAGGCCUACCAUGCCUGUACUAUCUGUGGUCAUCCCUCGGCUUAAAACAAAUCAACUUCGGUGGAGUUUCAGUGGCGCGUUUGAAGCUAGACAAUCGCUCAUAGUUAGAGGCCUUUUUCCCAUGCUUGCUGAUCCUCGCCAUCCUGCUGAAUCUACUAGUUCUUCCAAUGAGUCAGUUCUGAAGGUUGCUCUUGAUCAUGGCAAGGCCUCUGGUUUGAUUAAGACUCAUGAUCGAGUUGUUGUCUGCCAGAAAGUCGGGGAUGCUUCAGUGGUGAAGAUCAUCGAGUUGGAGGAUUGAAGAGCUGUGUUCUCUUGGAGUUCCAGAUGGCUGUAUGAGCUACAUGUAUUAUUCAUUUUGUGUUUACACUGGAGAGUGCAUCCAAAAUAAACCAUUAUCCAGAAAACAGUAUCUGAAGUUGGUAAGAUUUCAGAUCGCUGCGCAUGUUGGGUUUUGCUCAAAUACCUCCAUGAGCUGCAAAUUAUUGCAUUAUUGAGAAAUUGCAAAAAACACAAGUUGAAAUUUCGUA